CACUGAUAAGCCGAGGGGAUACUCACCUAUACACAUGUGCGAUUCUCGGGUACUCGUAUCUCGGACGAGCGACGGCUUCGUGCGCAAACAUCAUUGUUCUUUGUUUUCGCAAAAUCUUUGAAACGCGAAGAGAAUCAAGCGAUAAUGAACCGAGAGUUCGAGAAAAACGGGGCGCAGCCGGGCUCACCCGACAGCGUUGCCGGCGACCAGCAAAAGUUGUUGCCCAUGUGGAACCCGAGGCCGGCCAUCGUUGUCCAGAGCCAACGCUCGAAAAGCCCGAAUUUGUCCUAUAAGAGCAGGAGCAGGUACCGGGCGGGGCCAGCGCGCAAGUUGCGCCGGCGGGCCGUCCUCAAGAGCGGCGAGUGCAACGUCCUCCAGUCCCGGAUAUCCCGGCGCUCGUUGCGCUUCCUCCAGGACAUAUUCACGACCCUCGUCGACACCCAGUGGCGCUGGACCCUGCUCUGCUUCGCCCUGAGCUUCGUCCUGUCCUGGCUGGUGUUCGCCGGCAUGUGGUACCUCAUCGCCUUCACCCACGGGGACUUUGACCCCCGCCACAUCAACGACGUCAAAUGGCGGCCCUGCGUCAACGAUCUCCACACCUUCACCAGCUGCUUUCUCUUCUCCAUCGAGACCCAGCACACCAUCGGCUACGGCGGCAGGUCCACCACCGAGGAGUGCCCCGAGGCUAUAUUCGUCAUGUGCGCCCAGAGCAUAUCGGGCGUGAUGAUCCAGGCCCUCAUGGUGGGCAUCGUCUUCGCCAAGAUGUCCCGCCCGAAGCAGAGGACCCAGACGCUGCUCUUCUCCAAACAGGCGGUCAUUUGCCAGAGGGACGGCGAGCUGUGUCUCAUGUUCCGGGUCGGUGACAUGAGAAAGAGCCACAUCAUCGGGGCGAGCGUGAGGGCCCAGCUGAUCAGGUCGCGCACGACCAAGGAGGGCGAGGUGCUGCCCCACAACCAGUACGAGCUCGCUGUCGGGGCCGACGGACAGACCGCCAACUUGUUCUUCAUCUGGCCGUGCACCGUAGUCCACCGCAUAAACGCCGACUCGCCCUUUUACAACAUGUCGGCCGAGGACGUGCUGACCGAGCGCUUCGAGGUCGUCGUCAUACUCGAGGGUACGAUCGAGUCGACGGGCCAGACGACCCAGGCGCGCUCGUCCUACCUGCCCCAGGAGGUGCUCUGGGGCCACAGGUUCGAGCCCCUCGUGAGCUACUCGAAGGAGAGCCAGGGCUACGAGGUCGACUACUCGAGGUUCAACUCGACCGUGCAGGUCGACACGCCGCUCUGCUCCGGCCGCGAGCUCGCCGAGUUCUAUCGGCUCCAGGACGGGGUCAUCCGACAACAGGCUACCUCAUCCCCUGGUUUGCUGAUGGACGACGAGCUCGCGUCCACCCCGACGCUCUCCGAGUACCGACAACUGCCGAGCCGCUGCCAUCACCAGCAGCAGCACCACCCCUCGGCAGCCGCUUUCGUCUGCAAGUAUCCCCAAUCCUCGAAUCAGCGGCACGCUAACCUGCACCCGCAGCAAGCCCAACGGCCUCGCAGCUUCGACGAGGAGAAGAGCUAUUGUCCCGAGUGCGCCGCGGCUCCCCCACCUUACGGCCACGCCAACAGACCGUCCAUCAAAGACGUCCCUCAACCCGAAGCGGGAGGGGAGGAGGAGGAGGAGGAGAGGAGAGCCCUGUUGAGCAAAACGAGUGGUCGGCUGCAUCGUCAACAGCUCGGGCGACAAGUGUCCUCGCCGCAUCAGCUGGACAGCAGGAAGAGGCCGGGGUUCCACUCGUGCCAGGAUCUACUGCAGCGCCCGCGGGCUUCUUCGAGGCGCUACCUGCUCCUCGCCCUGGAGAACAGCUUGGGCGGCGAGCUGUGCAGCUCCUAUCCCAGCGUAGCUCUGGCUCGCAAGGAACACCCGUCCCCCCUGCGUCCGAUGGCCACGGGGGACGAUGGCAAGCCCGCGAUGCAGACCAGAAAACCCGUAGGUAGGGAGCUCCAGGAGGUCGUCGUUCAUCGGUUGCUCGAGAACGGUGGCAAGCUAUCUUUGACACUGGAUGACCGCAAGUCGCUACGAGGGCACGGUAGUGAAGGUAGCUGCGAGUCCAAUAACAGCUCGACCGAGGCUGACGACGACGGCUCAUCCUCGCCGAUCGCGAUCCAACGACCUGCGGCCUUCACGGCCGUUUGACCCUUAAUUAAAACGUGUGUGUGUGUAGUGUAUACACAUCCAUACAUAUAUGUAUGUAUGCACGAGAACAACCGACAGUGCGCGACUGAUGAUGGAACGACGAUUUUUGCCUUUACUUGCGUGCCCGCACAACAUAUUAUUAUUAUACAUAUAUAGAGAUAUUAAUUGAGCGCGUAUGUGUGUUUACAAAUAAUAUCCUCCAUAUGGCAUUCCGUUGCGACACUAUUUUUUUUUUUUUUUUUUUUUUUUUUUUUCAUCGAAAAUUCUAAGGCGUAUGGCUGUGGUAAACUUUGAUGGUAUCUUUCAGUAGUGGAAAUUUUUUGAGGUGUGCAUCACCCUCAUCGGUAUUUGUCGGGAGGAGAAAAAAAAA